UUGUGUUUGUUAGAGAAGUAUUUUCCUCCAUCAUUUUUCGAUGUCAUGAUUCACUUGAUGGUGCAUUUAGUUAGAGAAGUGAGGUUAUGUGGCCCGGUUCAUUUUAGGUGGAUGUAUCCAUUUGAGAGAUACAUGAAAACACUCAAAGGAUAUGUACGAAAUCAUCAUCGACCUGAGGGUUGCAUUGCAGAAUGUUAUGUGGCAGAGGAAGCCUUAGAAUUUUGCUCGGGUUACCUAAAUAACAUGAAAUCAAUUGGCAAUCCUUAUGAACGUGUUGAUGAAAGAAUUCACACCGGCAGGCCUUUAUCGCGGGCUACAAGUGAGGUUGCGGAUGCUAAGUUACUUGAUCAAGCUCAUCUUUAUGUAUUAAGAAACACUGAUGCUGUAGAGCCAUAUAUAGAGCAACAUAUGUUGGAAUUGAAGGAUCUCAACCCACGCGCCUCUCGAAAUAGUACAUGGUUGCAGACCCAACAUAGUCGAACAUUUAUUACUUGGCUUAAGAAAGAGGUCGAAAAACGUUUGGCUAACGGGGAAGAUAUUUGUGACAGUGUUCGAUGGUUAGCCAAAGGGCCUAAUUUUGUUGUUAAUAAAUAUAGUGGUUUUGCCAUAAAUGAGUAUCAGUUCCAUACAAUAUCUCGAGAUGAAUCUAAAACAACUCAAUGUAGUGGAGUGUCUUUAGUUGCACAUGCUAUGCAAAUUUCUAGCGCAAAAGACUCCAAUCCCGUGUAUGGUGCUGUUACUUACUUUGGUCGUAUAAAGGAGAUAUGGGAUCUUGAUUAUCGCAUGUUUACCGUUCCUGUUUUCAUGUGUGAUUGGGUUGAUAGUCGUGGAGUAAAAAAGGAUGAUUUUGGAUUCACAGUGGUUAACUUUGAUAGGCUUGGUCACCAGACUGACCGCUUCAUAUUAGCUAAUCAAGCCAAACAAGUUUUUUAUGUUCAAGAUCAACAAGACGCUAACUUGUGUGUUGUUGGUUUCACGCCACAUAAGAUGUACAAGUAUGGAGAAAGUGAUGAAACUGAUGCUAUUUUGGAAUUUGAUGCUACUGUUGAUGUUACACAAGACUUCGCUUUAGUAGACCUUGAUGAUGAUUUUUCGUGUAGGCGCUUGGAUGGCGAUGACAUAUUAGUUUAAGCUAUUUUGUGGAUGAUAUAAACUUUAGUUUAUGUUUUUUUUUUUAUUUUAGUUAUUGGAUGUUUUUAAUUCUGCCUCAACUGUUUGAAUUUGAGAUCUUAUGAGUACAAAUGGUGUUUCUAAUA